AUGGAAGUCGCCCCAGUUCUCGCUAAAUUCACAAAUGAGCUGGAGUUCAUCAACAUCGACGAUAUAUACCAUGAUCUGUACGUAGCUGGCAUCGUGCCUCACGGGGAGUACUUCGAAGUGAGGAAGGGCGACUACGUCUGGAUGAAGGCGGAGGACAAGGGGCAGUUCGAUGUUGCCAUCGGUGCCCAGGUGGUGAAGAUAGUCGCUGACAAGCUGUUCGUCAUGGACGACGAAGGCAAGACAUAUACAGGAAGCAUUCUGGUUGCGGUGAACCCCUAUCAGUGCCUCCCCAUUUACACAGCGGAAAGGAUCAAGCUGUACCAGGAUCGGAAUCUCGGGGAGCUUCCUCCACACGUAUUCGCCAUUGCGGACAAUUCCUACACUCGCAUGAGAAGAGACGGCCAAAAUCAAUGCAUCGUCAUCAGUGGAGAGUCAGGAGCAGGAAAAACCGAAAACACAAAGCUUACCCUUCUAUAUUUGGCAGCCAUCUCUGGCAGACAUUCCCAGAUUGAGCAGCAGAUUUUGGCAGCCAAUCCCAUCCUAGAGGCAUUCGGGAACGCGAAGACAAUCCGAAACGACAACUCAUCUCGUUUUGGCAAGUAUACCGAAAUCCACUUUAAUCCCGAUGGCGCAAUAGUGGGGGCGCAAAUCAAGCAGUAUCUCCUGGAGAAAAGUCGGAUCGUGUCCCAGGCUAACGAAGAGAGAAGCUUCCAUAUUUUCUACUCUCUGCUGGACGGAUUGGAUGCUGGGGAUAAACAACGUCUGGACCUUGUCGAUGCAUCAAGUUACAAAUAUCUAACUGAAGGUUGCACAGCGAAAUACAAUGGACGGGAUGACAGACCCAACUUCUCUCACAUUCGAUCGGCAAUGAAGGACCUCGUAUUUUCAGACUCUGAGAUCUCAGACAUCAUAAAAGUCUUGGCUGUCAUUCUCCACAUGGGUAAUAUCGAGAUGGAAGCACACACCAUCGAUCACCUAGACGCAACUCAGAUCCCGAACAUGACCCAUGUUGAACGGAUUGGGAAGCUGGUGGAUCUUGAACCAGCGGCCAUUGUGAAAGGAAUUACAACCAAAACCAUCAUCAUCCAAAACGAACCCACGGUGUCCAACCUAGCAUACCGCGAUGCCGUGGACGUCCGAGAUGCCCUCGCCAAAGGAAUAUAUGUCCGCCUCUUCGUUUGGAUUGUUGGCAAGAUCAACUCGGUUAUCAUUCAUCCUGAAGCCGAAUCAUGCUCGUUAAUCGGGCUUCUGGAUAUUUUUGGUUUUGAAAAUUUCAAUCACAACAGUUUUGAGCAGCUGUGCAUCAAUUUUGCUAACGAAACCCUGCAACAGUUCUUCUUUCACCACAUCUUCAAGCUGGAACAAGAGGAGUACGAUGCGGAAGGUAUCGAUUGGAACCACAUUGACUUUGUCGACAACCAAGACUGCCUGGAUUUGAUCGGAAAGAAGCCAAUGAACAUCAUGAGUUUGAUGGAUGAAGAAUGCAUGAUGCCGAAGGGCACCGAUCAGACGCUCUUAGCCAAGUUUAACACUACCUAUUCAAAAGAUAAAAUCUACUUGAAGCCCACACGUCACAAGACACAGUCUUUUGGGAUCGCUCACUUUGCCGGGGAGGUUUACUAUGACCUCUUUGAUCGGGGACUUUGUUGUCGUCAGCUGAAAUACUUGGGAAUGAUGGAAACGGCUCGCAUCCGCCAGGCGGGAUAUCCCAUCCGACACGCCUUCCAGGAAUUUGUGGGUCGAUUUUGGUGUCUCGGCGGCCUUAUCCCUCCUUCUAAGAGUGAGGAUAAACAGGAGCGGGCAAGACAAAUUUGCGAGAAUGUGUUUGGUUCGUCGGGUGAUUAUCAGCUUGGGACGUGUAAAGUUUUCUUGAAAAUUGCCGGCGACCUACACCUGGAGCAAGAACGAAGUCGAAUCCUUAGAAAUGUAACAAUCGUACAAAGGCAUAUUCGAAGAUGGUGUCAGCGUCGGCGAGCAGCAGCUAUCGUCAUGAAGCGUUUCCUGUUGGCGGCUGUGCGUCAUGGGCGUUUUCGCGCCUGGAGAAAUUUAUUCUUAAUUCGCUUUCGCAAGCUUCGACGACAGUUGAUCCUUUUCCAGAAACUGUGGCGAAGCUACUUGGCCAAUAAAAGUGUCAAUAAAGAAGACCUUGGGGAGCAGAACCUACAGAACUUCCCGGAGAUCCCACAAUCGGAAAGAACAGAGGAAAUAGAAGGGACGAUGGAAACUCCUGUCAGAGUAGAUGAAGGUUUUCCACUCAGGGACGAGCCUAAAGGUGCAGCGGGGGAAUGCAGGAAGAGUUGCCCUCCUGCUGUUGCCGAGGCAGAAGCUAGAAAAGGCGGCAUGCCUCCGAAACAGAAGAAACCAUCGAAGUUUCGGAGGUCGGAAGCUGCGAACAAUGGCUGUCAACCUUCGACAACAUCGAAAGCCGAACUUCCAGAAGACGAACUUGCCCCUGAAUUGACAAAAGUUAGGAAAAGAAAGUCUGUAGCAUUCUCUUACCGCCUGCUGAGGAGAAUAGUGCAAUCUAUGGAGACAUCUUCCAAGGUGUUCCUGUGGGAGAAUGUCCUACCCACAAUGGAGAAAGCCCCACGAGAGGAGACGAUGAUAACGGCUGCUGUGAUUUGUCUGAAGCUGAGACGGACUUAAAACCAGAAUAAUGGAACAUCGGACAGCUUUUAAUGGUUCAACCCUCACAAGCCACGAGUACAAACACCUCUAGCUUUCUUUCUACUCGCCCAACCUGAUGACUUGGAAGCGAAGAGGCAUUCCAAUUUCCAUUGGAAUGCGUGUCUGCUUAUCUAUAGAUGUAUUUUCCGGAAAUAAUCCACCUUCUUUUCCUCGCUGCUAUCUGGAAUACUUGGCUGAAGAUGCACUAUUCAUGCAUGG